AUGCUGCAACGAAACCGAUUGGCACGAUACUAUUGGUCUCGGUAUCGUUUCCCGACACAGAUGCCAAAGUUCGAUGGCCCUCCACCCAAGGAUGCUCCUCAAAACAUGAACAAUACCAAGACUAACGAAUACAUUGAUCCUGUCGAUGAUAAGUUUCCUGUGAGCAUACGCGGCAAUUUAUGCCGCCCUGAUGUGCCCGAAGACCAGUAUGUUGAUAGCUGGUAUCUCUGCACCUCCAUGACACAUCAUAUGGGUGAUUUCCGCCCUUGGAGUGCUAGUGCUCCCGCAAAUGCGUAUCGCUUUCGUCCAUUCAAUGAGUUUGAUUCUAAGGGGAGGGAAUACAUUAAGCAUCUACGGGAAUUUUCUCGCUACGAUCCUAAGAAAUCGAGAGGAAAGGGACAGAAGUGUUUUCCAUUCCGGGAUGCUUAUUUAACCAUGAUGGCCAGCGGUAGUAAUCCCACAUCGCCCCCGAGUUUAGAGACCAUCAUGGACCGUGCCAUCAUUGAAAAGAAUCAACACGGCAAAGUGUUAACUCCCUUGAUGCGGCAGUGGGAUGUAGGCCGGUUGGAGAAACCGCCAUCAUGCGCGGGGAGAAUAGCGGUUGAUAAUUUAGUCUUUCCCUUUAAUUGGAACACUGAAGACUGGUAUGAAUAUGAAGUUUCAAAGGUACGUAAUAGGCGUUUUACUUUUGAAAACAACGAUAGCAGUGGUAUUGAGGGAUCUGAAGUAACCUAUCGUAUUGUAUUAGAAGGUUUCUGGGACCAUCAUGUAGGCAAGCUGUCGGAGGAUGUUUGCGCGUUUCUGAGGGAUGUUGGCAGGCAAAUUGUUGAGGAGAAACUCAAAGUGGUUCGAAACAUGCUUGAAAGUGUUGAAAGUGGCGGUAUUGAUCCCGAUAUUAUAGAGUCCUUCAAUCUUUCUCUCAAGGGACCUUUCGGGGGCAAAGAUUAUUAUGACAAGGAAGAGGUGGCCAAUUUUGUCCGAGCCGAUUUACAGCGACUCGAGGAGCAGUGUGUCGGCGUCAUAAACCGCUGCAAUGUGCCAAUACCUGGGUUUUCUAACCUGUACGAUCCCCAGGUCUCUUGGCCUUACGUGGAGCACUUGGAGCCGUGGGUUCGCAUGGCAGAAUUCUGGACUUCCUCAUCCGACACCUCCUUUACGGAAGUGGAGAUGUCAACGACACAUUACGAGUUCAGAAAAUACUUUCGCGUAGUCGUGGUGAAAUUACCUUUUCAAAGCACCGAGUUUGAGCAGCGCAUCUAUGGUAUUCGUCACUGGCUACAUCGGCAGACCUCAUGUGAGUUCCACACAACAUACCGCCGGAACAUUGUCCAUGACGCUUCGGUGUUUCCCACUGAGCAUGACCCCUCCGUUCCGACCUCGCACGAGCACCACCGUUUGUUCUCUUUUGCGCUGGACUGGCAAAGUGCACCAGUCGGAUUUUUAUCUGUCGAAGCGGUCCAAAAAGGCGAUACCUGGGAGUCCGUGGCGGAGAGGAUCGGAUGUAGCGCGGAGGAACUCCGUGAGGCAAACGACGGCCUUGAGGACCUUGUUGAGGGUCUUUCGCUCACUAUCCCCAGUAAUGCAAGGCGGAGAUUGCCUAGCUUUGGUGCUCUCCCCCAAGUGUUGCCUCUUGCGAGGUCGGACGGCCACGCUCGCAUUCAGACAUGGGAGGAGGCGGCAGCGUUGCUAAAUUGCUGUGUGGAGGACCUCCAGCAAGCGAACGGGUAUGCGGCACUUACGUAUCGUGUGGAGGGCAAUAGGCCAGGUUUUGACGAAUCAAUCCAGGAAUUAAACGUUCCUCACACCUCAUGGGUUUCCUCACGAGAGCAAGAGUUCUCCACGUCUGAAAAACUUUUCCAAAACGAUACUUGGGAAUCCGUAGCACAACGACUUCAGUGCACGCUUGCCGACCUGCAGGCUGCCAAUCCCAACGUCCAGGAUUUAUCAACGGUGGGGACGGUUGCCAUACCACCGACCGCACGGGCCCCGCGUCGAAUGGUGAAUCCGCAGCUGCGCAUCCAAGCCGCGACCGAUGCGCUCCUUGCCAAGGUCAUUGGUGAGCAAGGAAAGUAUAAUUUAGAGACGCUACCACAUCUUCCGGAAAAUGCGUCCAAAUUCCCACACGAAUAUCACACGACCACGUCGCGAUUUCCCGCUACACCUCGCGAAUCCGCCUGUAUCGAUGACUGGUUGGCCUACACUGCCAAAUACCUGGAUAAAGACCUUACGGUGCGCCAGGAACCCACUCCGCUCUAUAAUGUCAACAAGCUGUGGCCGAUGCAGCAAGUUCCCGGCAAGGUGGACCAAACACCAUUCGAAGAGGACCAGACCUGGUUUAUGCAUCCUAUUCCUGUGCAACAAAUGGAGCAGCAUCAUCCCGAGAAGGAUCUACAAGAUUUACCAUUUGUCAAUCACGAACAGUUCCCACGCUCAAUUGAGUGGACUGCACCGUAA